GCAGGAGGAGGGGGAGGCGGCGGGGCCAACGGGGAACUCUCCCGGUCAUCCAGUACUAUUUGCCGGUCUUACCCCGGCCUGACACGGAAGCAGUUGCAGCAGUGCCGUCGGGCUCCGGACGUCGUUGCAUCGGCCAUUAACGGCGUUCAGAUUGCCGUAGAUGAGUGCGCGAAUCAGAUGAGGGGCCAGCGGUGGAAUUGCACAAAUCUACGGACGAAGAACGGGAGUCCGUACACCAAUGUCAUGAUGACACGAGGUUUUCGAGAGACCGCUUUUGCCUACGCUACCUUUUCUGCUGGGGUCUUAUACCAAGUGACUCGGGCAUGUAGUAUGGGGCAGCUACGGACAUGUGGAUGCGACACGCGGGUCAAAGGGGAGGACGUGGACUUCCAGUGGGGCGGUUGCAGCCACGACAUCCAGUUCGGUACCAGUUUUGUCGAGGAGUUUCUGGACAGUCGAGAGAAAGGACGAGAUAUGCAGUCCAAGAUGAAUCUUCACAAUAACAGAGCUGGAAGAAUAGCAGUCGCUGAAUACGCUGUCAAGAAGUGUAAGUGCCAUGGGAUGUCGGGAAGCUGUGAAGUCAAGACGUGCUGGAUGCAGACACCCCACUUCAAGGAAGUCGGAGAUCGUCUCCUUGUGAAGUUCCAUAACGCCAAACGAGUGGUGGCGCGAAACAGCAUCGGCGGUGGCCUCGGGCUGGCCAAUGUGCCGAAAAGAAAACGCAAGAGGGCGCCCCCGCCUCCGCAGGACCAACUUGUGUUUCUUGAGGACUCUCCUGAUUUCUGCACCCCAGACGGGGAAAUCGGCAUAUUCGGUACCAAAGAUCGCUACUGUAACCGUACAAGUGAUGGAGCUGACCGCUGCGAUACCAUGUGUUGUGGCAGGGGCUACAAUAUCAAACUCGAGAGGCGGACUGAGUGGUGUAAUUGUCAAUUUCACUGGUGCUGCCAGGUCAAAUGCCGACAAUGCAGCCAGACAGUCUGGGUCAACACCUGCAAGUGAGGAUACCAGAUACAACGGCUAUUUUGUCAAUGACAAACAAACACUAAACGUAGUAGUGCAACCUCGGUUCCCAGGGGUGGUUGAUAUCGCUGCGCCAUUGCCUUUUCCAGCACC